GUCACCAUCCAUUUCUAGAAUAUUUUCAUCUUCUUAAUCUGAAACUCUAUACCCACUAAAUAUAACUCCCCAUUCCAUUCCCCCAUCCUUUCUUUUUUUAACUGAAAUUUCCAGUUUUGCAUUUUUGGGGUGUGAGUAUAUAUGUAUGUGCUUUGCUGAGAAUUUAACUGCAGGCCUCAUGCUGGCUAGUCAAGCACUCUACUACUAAGCUGCCCUUAAAAUUCCCAGUUUUUAAUCUUGCUGACAGAAUAUUUUUUGGAUAGGUUUCUACCCUUCACUCCAUCCUGUUACAAACCUCAUACAGGUCCCAGCUGUGUGUGUGAACUUGAGACCAUUUUUGUGUUUCUACAGGGACCCAUUCACUUCACCACCACUACCUAACCCUAUCAGAGCCAUGCCCAGGCCUCCCGAAGUUUCUGGCUGUGGGCUAUGUGGAUGACCAGCCCUUCAUCUGGUAUGACAGUCGCAGAGGGAAGGCUGAGCCUCAGGCCCCGUGGAUGGCACUAGUGGAUACCCAGUAUACUGGGAGACAGAAACCCAGAAACAGAGGGCCUGGGAGAAGGUGCAGCAGGUGGAGAUGUGGACGGUGAUGGGCUACCACAAUCAGAGUGGCGGUACACACAGUGCUCAGCGCAUGUUUGGCUGUGAGAUCCAGGAAGAUGGCAGGUCCAGAAGCUUCUGGCAAUUUGGCUUCAAUGGACAGGACCACCUGUCUCUGGACCUAGAGACACUGAGCUGGGUGUCAGCAGAGCCAGUGGCUGUGCGGACCAAGCGCUGGUGGGAGAUGGAGCGCUGCUAUGCAGAGUUCGACAAGGCCUACCUGGAAAGCCUCUGCCUCAUCUCCCUGCACAGGUAUCUGGAGCUGGAAAGCCAGAGCCUCACUCAGAUAGAGCCUCCCAUGGUGCAGGUGACAAAGCACACCACCCAGGAUGGGACCAUGCUGAGAUGCUGGGCCUUGGGCUUCUACCCACCAGACAUCUCACUGAGCUGGUGGCUGGGUAGGAAGGAGCUGGUCCUGGAGACUGAGCAUGUGGAGACACGCCCCAGUGGGGAUGGCACUUAUCAGACAUGAACA